AUGAUUCAGCGCGGACCAGAGCCUCCUAGGCCACAUGUCGUGCAUGCAGGGUUGCAAAACCCGCCUGCAGCAGAGUGGAAGCCUUUCGAGCGACCUGUCCUCUGGAUUCUGGAGAAUCGGGCCGACCUCGCCUGGAGCUCAAGUAGACGGUUCUCACAGACUCACCUACUCGGCGCCUCUUGGAGACGAAACUGCCUGUGUCGUAGACGGGACGGCGGUCCUCACCGUCACCUCGACCGCGAAGACGUACAAGGUAGGCCCGGGCAGCAUCAUCAGCUCCCAAAGGGGCUGGAAGUCCGUUGGGAGAUCGAUGCACCGUUCUUCAAGAAAUACCGGGUCACCUGGAACGGCACAGACGCCACCCCCGAACCACCGGUCGACCUCCAGACCAAUCAUGUGUCUGACAACCCUGAGGACUGGGGAGCUCUACAGGAUUUCAUUCGGAUGGGCGGCUCCACUGGAACGCACUUGUCAGGUGGUUGGCGCUCUGGCAAGGGCAUCGCCGCCACCAACCUCGACGAUAAGGGCUCCUUGACGACUCCGUACACCGGGACUCUGGGUGACGAAAUGAUCCUCCUUCUGGAAGGGGAAGUCGAUGUCACCGAGACAGAGACUGGGAACAAGCAUAGUUUCAGAGCCGGUGAUGCGAUUGGCUUGACGUCUGGCAUGCACAUUACCUGGAUUUCAAAGGGCCCUUAUACCAAGAAACUAUGGGUCAUCACCCGCGACAAGAUCCCAGAGGCUUGA